AUGUGCUUACCUUAUCUGCACUUUGACCGACCGAUUGGCACUCGUGGCCGUGGAUUGGAAUGGUUACGUAAUCACGUUAUUCACGACCCGAUAUUGACUUCUGCUGAUGAGACAAGUCCAGGAGAGGUCGAAACCGCAGUCAGCUCUAGUCUGGAUGAGUGGAAUCUGCCACACCAUCCUUUGGCCGUCUACCAUGUGUCCGGGGAAUAUGCUAUGCUAUGGCAAGCCGUCAAGUCUGGCGCCCUGAGCUCGCUGGAGGCGGUUGCCAUGGAGAUAAUGCUGAGCUUUCGACGCGCAGGUGCUAGUCUCAUAAUAACCUACCUGACACCGCAGUUGCUCCGAAUGGAUCUGGCCAAGGCUAAUUCCCACUAG